CACACUCACUGAAAACCCGCCUAUUUGGCCCCGCAGCCCCGGUGUCCCCACUUUCCAAGAGCAGGUUCCGAUUUCUCGUAGAUGGUAAAGGCCCUGGCAGGAAGUUUAUACGGCGCAAUGUAAACAUGUUCUGAGGGAUUCUCUAAUAAUAAUAAUAGAGAAUUCCGCGUGCGCGGGGGGAGUUGGCCUAAUGCCCCUGUGGGUUCGGCCUGCCGCCUCCUUGGGGGCCUCUGACACUGCGCGCCAGGCCAGGUUCCGGAAAACAGUCUGCGUCGGCGGCCCUCACGCGCCUGGCUGCCCACAGCAGAGGGCUCGCAAGCACGCCUUCCCCGCCAACCUCACAGCACUGAGGUGUGGGCUAGGACAGGGUUGGGGGCUGGUGGCGCCGAGCACGGUACAGCGCAGGAGCCGGGCGCAACGCGGCACGCAGGGACCCAGCUUUGGCGGUAGACGUCUCAUCGCCAUCGGGGCGCCUGGCAUGUCCUUGCGAGGAAGCUGGAGGGCUCGCCGGCGUUGUCUGCCCAGCGAUCGCAGCCUUCGCCGGCGGAGCCGCGCUCGCGGAGACGGGAGAGUCACCUUCUGCGCUGCGCUUCCGCCUGGCUCUCCCGGCCUCGGCUCCGCGCGCAGGCAGCCCAGCCGGCCUAGGGAAAGGGAAUUCCACGGGGUGAAGACCAGAAAGAAUGACGCAGGCAGCAAAGGCAUAUACGCAUGGCUGGAUGAUUCUGCUCAGAUUUAUUCGCCUCAGGAUUCUGUGGAUGGACUGGGCUCAGCCGGGCAGUGCUUCUGUUCCACGUGAUCCUCAACUAUACCAACUAGGCUGGCUGCCCGAGCGGCUUGCUCUCCUGGCUGACAGUGGGUGCCGGGAGCUCAGCAGAGACUUUGGACCAAAGCACCUCAGUUCUCCUCCCUGUGACCUCACCAUGUGGCUCUAGCUUCCAAUAACAGAGUGCCUGGGUUCCAAGAGGGAGGAAAUAGAAGUUUUCCGCCUUCUCCAGACCUGGGUUCAGCUGUCUCAACCCUCAUUCUGUUGGCCAGAGCAGUGAGAGCCUCCGCCUGGACUGGAGGGAGGGAAUAUGCUCCAUCUCUGGACAGGAGGACUGACAUGCGCCUCAGGGAGGAUGGCGUUUUUGGGAGCCAUCUUUGGAGCUUAGGAUGUUGAUUUCCACUUGAGGAUGAGCACUCUUGUUGCUAUGGAGAGGCGAUUGUGUACUCAGAGUUCACCAAGACUUAAGAAUCACCUCGGGGCCCUCCUUAUCGUGACCUCAACUCUGUAUUAAAGGCCAGCCCUCCCAACAAACCCUGGAUGUGAGCACUGAGUAAAUGAGAUUCAACACCUUCCCAUGGCCUGCAUUCUGAUGGAUGGACCCGAGAAGUUUGCUUAGUUUUGGUCCUGGCUCCUGCUCCUGGCUUGGGUUCCCAAGAGCACACCUUCCUCCACAAACCAGAGUGUGGUUCCUCCAUAGAAAUGGUCUACACUUUACCCCAAACACAGAUCCUGAAGCUCCAUGCAGAUGUGAGUAGUUUAGUGCUAACUCUGAUGUUUGUCCCGUAUGGCGCUAUGAGGACAUUCACCAGCGUGGGGCUUGGAGAGCCUAGAGCAGGGGCCACCUGAAUGUUCCUCUCUAGGAGAACGGAUAGAGACACGGGGGAUUACGCAUGCAGUGGAAUAUUAUGCAGCAGUGAAAACUGGAUGAAGAUACUCACAGCAACAUGAACAGAUUCUAGACACAUGACACCUAGGGCCAGGGUGCAAGCUGUGUAGCACCAUGAGGGUGAGCUCAGACACUGGAGCUGUAAUGUGACAGUUCAAAUCCCCACUCCCCCACUGGCCGUGACCUUGGGCAAGUUACUUACCCUCUCUGGGUGUUUGCAUACUCAAAAAUAUGCAGGCAGGAAGGUAGGCUCACUGCAUGGACGGUUGCUAGGAGGAAGAGGGGGGGGCACAAAUAGACUGCUGAGAGCUGGCUGUGUGUAUGGCGAGUCACUGGAAUCCGACAGAGACAGCAUGGCUAGAUGACUGUACAUCCUGGGACAGAACAGAUUCAUUCCUGUUGUUCUGGCUUUUUACCCAGCUUAGACAAAGAUGGGCAAAGAAAGGUGUUUUACAAAAGGUAGAGACAGACACACAGAGAGGAAAGUACCACGUGAGGCCACAGAGAGUCACAGGCAGAGGCCACACAACGAUGGAGGUAGAGAUCAGAAUGAUGCCUCUUUAUGCCAAGGAAUGCCAAGAUUGGCAGUGACACCAGAAGCUAGAGAGACACGCGAGAUGGAUUCACCGUUGGAGUCUGAAGAAGGAACCAACCCAGCUAACACUUUGACUCCAGAUGUCUGGCCUCUAGAAAUGGGAGAGAAGUUUCUGUUGGUUGAAGCCCCCCAAUUACUGGUACUUUGUUAUGGCAGCCCUAGGAAACGAAUGCAGAUCUAGAUAAUAAAAUAUAUGGCAUUAUAAGUC